AUGGCGGUAGCCGUGGCGGCGGCGUGGCUGCUGCUGCUGUGGGCCGUGGCCUGCGCGCAGCGGGAGCGCGACUUCUACGACUUCAAGGCGGUCAACAUCCGGGGCAAGCUGGUGUCGCUGGAGAAGUACCGCGGCUCGGUAUCCCUGGCAGUGAACGUGGCUAGCGAGUGUGGCUUCACAGAACAGCACUACCGAGCCCUGCAGCAGCUACAGAAGGACUUGGGUCCCCACCAUUUCAAUGUGCUUGCCUUCCCCUGCAACCAGUUUGGCCAGCAGGAGCCAGACAGCAACAGGGAGAUUGAGAGCUUUGCCCGCCGCACCUACAAUGUUUCUUUCCCCAUGUUCAGCAAGGUUGCAGUCAUUGGCACUGGUGCCCACCCUGCCUUCAAGUACCUGACUGAGACUUCUGGGAAGGAACCCACCUGGAACUUCUGGAAGUACCUAGUGGCCCCAGAUGGAAAGGUGGUAGGUGCUUGGGACCCGACUGUGGCAGUGGAGGAAAUCAAGCCUCACGUCGUAGAACUUGUGAGGAAGCUUAUCCUGAGGAAGCGAGAAGAUUUAUAACCACAUUCCCUCUUCUCCUCUCCGAUUCAUCCCCAUCUAUCUGUGUAUAGAUGACUAGACAAACUGAAAUGGUGCUUCAAAGGGAGAAACCCACCAAAUCUCUUCUCUUUGUUUUUACCCCACCUGUUGUCCCCUCUUACAUGGGGAAAAAUAAGUCUAAAAUUUUGGCCAUUUGAAUUAAAACAAAACUAAUAGGCAUUUCUGGCCAAUGAGAGCUCUUAACAGUGAAUCACCAGCCAAUAAGAACCUCUAUGUGAUGAAUCAUGUUGCUUCUAAGAUCCUUUUGCCAAUGAAACGUGUGACAAUCUCCUGCCCAGCCAGGGCUUUGUCAAAUGGGGCCAAUUCCUACCUCACAAGGCUGUUGUGAGGAUUAAUAUUAAUCACCUGUGAAACUAUAGGCAGUGGUAGCCAAAUAGAAGGCAUCCAAUAAAUACUUUUUAUUGCUUAUAAACCAAAAGAUAACUUAUGAUCAAUAAAAACUUGCACCUAACAUGAAUUUUCAGCCAAUGGAAACCUACACCAAAUACUUAUUUCUGGU